AUGGACGAUGUAUCACUCCGCCAGGACGAUUCUGGGAAAGACGCAACAGCCAACCAGAUGGAGGACAACAAAAACAAUCAGACAGAGAGAGAGGCUUCAGUGCAGGAGUGUGACCCCCCUAAGAGAGACCACCUGGCGGAGGACACAGUGGAAGGUCAUGUGGUUAAGUCUGGGGCUAAUACGGAGAAAGCGCCGGAACAGGCAGCAGAGGCUAGCGUUGGAAAUGUAGAGGAGUCUCAGCCAGUAACCGACGCCAUUGUGGUUAAUGGUGAAGAGGCUUGUAAGGAAGGGGGAGGGAGAGAAGGAGGGGAGAAGGAGGAGGACAAGAAUAGAAAGGGUCAAGAGGUGGUCAAGAAUGGAGAGAUUGAGAAAGAGGAUGUGAAGGAGGACAAAGAGAAGGGGAGAGAAAAUAUUGCCAGGAAAAAGGGGAAGGGGGAAAAGAUAGGAGAGGGAAAAACAGAAAAGAAGAUAAAAGGAGAUAAAGGGAAAGACAGAAAAGUGAAGGGAGGGAAGGGAGAGGGAGAGGCAGGGAAGGGAGAGAAGGGAGAGGGAGAGAAGGGAGAGGCAGGGAAGGGAGAGGGAGAGAAGGGAGAGGCAGGGAAGGGAGAGGGAGAGAAGGGAGAGGGAGAGAAGGGAGAGGCAGGGAAGGGAGAGGGAGAGGCAGGGAAGGGAGAGAAGGGAGAGGGAGAGAAGGGAGAGGCAGGGAAGGGAGAGGCAGGGAAGGGAGAGGGAGAGAAGGGAGAGGCAGGGAAGGGAGAGGGAGAGAAGGGAGAGGCAGGGAAGGGAGAGGCAGGGAAGGGAGAGGGAGAGAAGGGAGAGGCAGGGAAGGGAGAGGCAAGGAAGGGAGAGGGAGAGAAGGGAGAGGGAGAGAAGGGAGAGGCAGGGAAGGGAGAGGGAGAGAAGGGAGAGGCAGGGAAGGGAGAGGGAGAGAAGGGAGAGGCAGGGAAGGGAGAGGGAGAGAAGGGAGAGGCAGGGAAGGGAGAGGGAGAGGGAGGGAAUGGAGAGGGAGACGGAGAGGGAGAGGGAGAGAAGGGAGCGAGAGAGGGAGGGAAGGGAGAGGGAGGGAAGGGAGAGGGAGAGGGAGAGGGAGAGGGAGAGAGAGAGGGAGGGAAGGGAGAGGGAGGGAAGGCACCGGAGAACAAGAGCAAACCAGUAAAAGAAAAGGAAGGGGCAGGAGGGGGAAAGGUUAAAGAGAAAAGCAAGGAGGUGGAGAAGCAAGGAAAGACCAAAAGAAAGAGUGGCGUGAAUCACAUCGCCUCUACCCCAUCCUCUGUGGCCCGACCCCGGAGCUCUGCCCGCUCUGCCCGGCCUUCCACUAAAAAGGACAUCAUAGCAAAGUUCCAGAAAAAUGACUCUGAGACACCGGUUGUCUGCAACUUCAAACUUCAGAGAUCAUCUAUGGCUGUGGCAAACGGGGGGUCAAUCAAACAGAAAGUGCUUUCCUGGUGUCAAAACAAAACACGCAAGUACGAGGGUGUUUCCAUAGAGAACUUCUCAUCAUCGUGGUGUGAUGGGCUGGCGUUCUGUGCACUCAUCCAUCGCUUCUUCCCGGACGCUUUCGACUUCUCAGCCCUGAGCUCAUCUGAGAGAGAGAAGAAUUUCACCCUGGCCUUCAAUACAGCAGAGACCAUGGCUGACUGCUGCCCCCUGUUGGAGGUUGGUGAUAUGAUCCUGAUGGGGAACAGCCCGGACCCGAUGUGUGUGUUCACCUAUGUCCAGGCACUCUGCCAUCACCUCUCCAAAAUAGAGAAGGAGAGGAAGGACAAGGAGGAAGAGGAGAAGAAGAGUGAAAAGAUGAAAGACGAAGAGGUAGAAACCACUGCAGAGAAGAAAGAGGAGGAGAGUGAGGAAACUGGGAAGAUAGAUGGUCAACAAGAGGAGGGAGAUGAGGGAAGGGAGAACGAAGUAAAAGACGGGAAAGAGAAUGAGAGUGAGGAGAGCUCAGCGGUAGGGAGAGAGCAAGAGGGAAGAGAAGUUAGAGGGUUAAUUGAAGCACAGGCUUAAGCUAAUGCUAAAGACAUGGGAAAGAGAUUCAAAUAAGCCACAUGAUGAAGUAUAGUUUUACAGUUUGGAACACGACAAGUGUUUAGCAUGUAUGAGCAUAACUUCUUGAAGAGUGACACAUUACUACUGUAUAUUCAAAAGCUGGCUUUGUUAAGGUUUGGGAUUAUACUCAGAAUCCAACAAUGUGUGUAAAUUGUAACCUGUUGUGACUUUUUAAACCAUAUUUAACACAUGCUGUGUUCUUUCCAAUUUCAUUAUCGUGUCUGUUGUGGAAGUUUGUGCACAGAACAAACUUUGUGGAAGUUUGUGGAAGUUUGUGCACAGAAAAAUAAAACGUCAAUGAAUUAUUUUGAUUUCUUUUUCAGAAAGACAACCUAUGUAUGUUUUUAUUAUGGGUAAAGUUAUUAAGUACGGCUGCACUGCAGCCCAAAUAAGGAUUCAAAAGGCUCUUGGGUUUACGAUGAUCUAUCUUGAAUAAAAAAUAUUUUUAAAAUGA